AGACUACGGAUACGGUUUUAAUUUUUAGAAUAAAAUACUUCAUACCGUGGUAGGGACACAGUAAGUUAGUAGACCCCGAUCAGCUGAUUGAGAGUCGCUUCUAUAUUGUUCUGUGUUAUAGGCAUGAACAUUAGAGGGACAUUCUCUAAUGUUCAUGGUUAUAGGUAAACUCUACCAUAAUUAUUGGACAUAUGCACGCCUGUCAUCCAAAACUACAUCACUAUUUUCUUCGCGAUGUUGUUAGUGUUGUUACGGACAGCCCCGUUAGGUUGGGUUAGGUAGUUUAGGUUAGGUGUCACGCCGUUCGUAAAAUCAGAAUGCCGUAUUGCCGUGUAUAGUGUUCAACUGUUAGUGUUAUACACAGUUCCUGUCUCUAGUAGUAUAAAGUCUAUGCCCUAGAAUCAAGAACAGUACCGAAAUUUUUAACUGUCGUAUAUUGGUUAGAGAGAGCUUAAUGAGUUUAUUGUUAAUUAUCUAAGGCUCUUUAAGUUAGUUAUUGGCGCUCGGUAUAUGAUUUCUGUUCGAUUUCUAAUCUUAUAAACAUAUUUUUUGUCAUGGAACGCUAUAGUGUGAAUAAAAAUCCUGCAGAAAAAGUAAAUAAACAGUCGAAGAAAACCUGUGAUGCAUCUACUCAAACCGAGAACGACGAUGAUAUACCCACUCAGUGCGUCAUCGGGGACAAUGUCAAGAAGAAUCAAAAUGACGCAAAACAUACCAAACUUGGCAACAACAAUGACAGCAUUUUAUCAACCUCAAACACGGAUUUUAGUAUCGCCGGUACUACAACAGCUGUUCCUCGAUGUGGCGACGUUAUAAAUAAGGAAGCAUCGAUAUUCAUCAAGCAAAGGCUGCAAGAAUUAAGGAAUGAUUUAUCAGAGGACUUUCAAUCAUCGUUUGAAGAAAUGAUGCUAUCCAGGCGUUCUGCUAGACUUGCUAAACUUUCUUUAGAAGAUAAGUUGAAAAGUGUAGAAACAUUAGAAGAUGUACAACGCGUCUGGCAAAAAGAAUUCAAAAGGUUAAAUUACUUAGAUCUAUAUAUUGAUAGAAUAAAAAGUCAACUAGGAUAUGCCCUGAAUGAUCAGUCUUAACCUGCUGUUAAACGUGUUAGACAUGUUGGGAUAAAUUGUAAUAGAACUACAAUUCUGCCACACACCACCAAGUAAUCUACCCAAUAAGAAAACACAAUGAUUCUGCACAUCAUGUUUGUAUUAUAUAUUUUUAUUAUUGUGGUGUUGAGAAAUAAACUUAUAUUUUAAACCUA